CCAAUUUCACGUAUAAUUCCACGUUCUUCUCACAAACCAUUCUCCAACUAUCGUGAGCAACAGUUAAAAGGCUGGCGAAAAUAUGCGUCUCAAUUUCGCUCAAAACCUACAUCUUACAUAAUUUCAUUUGCUAUUUUACAUGAACUGACAGCAAUAGUACCAAUUCCAAUUAUUUAUAUUUUCCUUUCAUCUACUGGUAUCGAAAUACCUUUUCCGCAACAAGCUUUGGACGAAGGAAAUAAAUUUAUUAAUCGAAUUGUAGUUUACUAUGGGUAUUCACCUUUCGAAAAUGGGAGUAGAAAGCUUUUGAAUCUUGCUACAAGUUAUGCAAUUGUUAAGGCAUUAAUGCCUGUUCGUCUCGCGACUUGUGCAUUGAUGACUCCUUGGACGGCUGAAAAUGUUAUAGGACCCAUUACUGGUGUGCUCAAGCGCAUUGUCAGCAAAAAAAUGAAGUUAAAUGAGAUGAUAAUAUCUUUAAUUUUGCGGAAAAUAGUACCUGUGACAAAUA